UGACAGCUGCGCAGCUCAUCCGCCAUUUUCUCCCCCUCAGCGGAUCUGUGAGGAGCUGUCGAACCGAGCUCUCGUGCCGAACCGUUCCCCUCAAACUCGCUCCACUCUCCCCGGGCUUUAGCUAGCGAUGCCGGCCCAUCCGCUGCGUGUCGCGGUCGUGUGCUCCAGCAACCAGAACCGCAGCAUGGAAGCGCACAACAUCCUGAGCAAGCGAGGGUUUGAUGUGCGUUCCUUCGGCACGGGAACCCAUGUGAAACUCCCGGGACCCGCUCCGGACAAACCCAACAUUUACGACUUCAAAACCACUUAUGAGCAGAUGUACAACGACUUGGUCCGUAAAGACAAGGAACUAUACACACAGAAUGGCAUCUUACACAUGUUAGACCGCAACAAGCGCAUUAAGACGCGGCCCGAGCGCUUCCAGAGCUGCAAAGACCAGUUUGACCUGGUCAUCACCUGCGAGGAGCGCGUGUACGACCAGGUGCUGGAGGACCUGAACUCGCGCGAGCAGGAGACCUUUCAGCCGGUGCACGUCAUCAACGUGGACAUUCAGGACAACCACGAGGAGGCCACGCUGGGAGCCUUCCUCAUCUGUGAACUGUGCCAGUGUAUUCAGCACACUGACGACAUGGAGAACGAGAUCGAUGAACUUCUGCAGGAGUUUGAGGACAAAAGCCACAGACCGUUCCUUCACACCGUCUGCUUCUACUGACCCGCGCUGAACGCCGCCGUCAGGCUGGUUGCCAUGGCAGCGCCCUCAUUUACAUGCAGAAACUCUCACGUGACGUGACGCGCACAGAGCUCGGUCAGGACUGUAACUCUGGCGCCGGCGGUCACGUGACUCUCUCUCUCAUUCUGUUUACUGUCAACACAAACCUCAGCAGCGCGACCGCCCUGCAGCUCCGCGCAGACUCGACUCGCGGUCGUGAUGUUUUGACGUGUUCACGGACACCGAAUGCUGAACUGAACGGAGAGAAGGUUCUAGACACGAGCGUUCGGUUCUUGACCUGCAGCGCUGCCAACAAACCCAUUAGUGACAAAACCCUCAGAGUUAAUCAUAAUAAUAAGGGUUUUCUUGCAUUUAAAGGGUGUGUUGCAGCCCGACCGUAUCUGAUCACGUUUAAAAAGAUGUUUUAUUUAGAGGAUGUAAUGUUUAAUAACUCAGAUGGGCAGAUGGGAUGAUAUCUUUUGAGUUUCUCAUGAAUUUCUUUCACCGUUAUUUAAACAUGGGAUUUGAUACCCAUUGAUCUUUUUUUUUUUUUUUCCUUUAAUUUUGCAAAUGAAAGGAUGAUUCUGUAAUUGUACCUGAAGCAGCCCAGAGUGCCUGAAAUUAUUCUUGUAAAUAUUGCGCUAUAUAUGAAUGAAUGAAUGAAUAAAGCGUCGAUGAAUCUCA